AUGCAUCAAAAGAAAUCGGAAAUUCAGAUCGGAAAAGAAAGCACCGGAAUCUCUUCCGAUUUCAACCCUAAACUUUACAAUUCAAUUCAUCACAAACACCACCACAUUUCUUCACCGAUUCAUCAUCAUCACAAAAUUCACAACAAAAUCAAACCCUCUAAAUCCUUAUUUUUCUUCAAUUUCCCCCAAUUGUACUCCCUCUCCCUCGCCGGACUCCGCCGUCUCCGCCACCGUCUCCGAUUCGUUCUCCUCCUUUCGUUUCCCUUUUUCUACUUUCUUCUCUCCCGUCCUACUCACUCUUUCUUCUUCAACUUCCUCUCCGCCUUCGCUUUCUCCGCCGCGCUUUUCUUUGUUCUCUCCCUCAAAUUCAAAUCCUCUCAGUCGCUUCCUAUAGUUCUGACUGUCAAGCGCUGGAAUCGGUGGCGGCACUGGCGUCUGUGGCGGCGGAGGUGGAGGUGGAGGGACAAGAAAGAGGAGAGGAAUAAGUUAACUAGCACGCUGGUUGUGUUUGAGGUUAGGGUUUAUUCAAACGGUGACGUUUAUGAAGGUGAAAUGAAGGGUGGAAAGUGUUCUGGGAGUGGGGUUUAUUACUAUAGUAUGAGUGGGAGAUAUGAAGGGGAUUGGGUGGAUGGGAAAUAUGAUGGCUUUGGGGUUGAGACUUGGUCUAAGGGGAGUAGGUAUAAGGGUCAGUAUAGAGAUGGAUUCAGACAUGGGUUUGGGGUUUAUAGAUUUUAUACUGGGGAUGUUUAUGCUGGGGAAUGGUUGAAUGGACACAGUCACGGUUCUGGUGUUCAUACUUGUGAUGAUGGUAGUAGAUUUGUUGGACAGUUCAAGUGGGGUGUUAAGCAUGGUCUUGGCCACUAUCAUUUUAGAAAUGGAGAUACAUAUGCUGGUGAAUAUUUUGCGGACAAGAUGCAUGGUUUUGGGGUAUACUGUUUUGCAAAUGGUCAUCGUUAUGAAGGAACCUGGCAUGAGGGGAAAAGACAUGGUCUUGGAAUGUAUACAUUUAGAAAUGGAGAAACCCAAUCUGGUCACUGGCAAAAUGGAGUCCUUGACAUUCCGAGCACACAGAAUGCCACAUAUCCAGUUUCGCCAGUAGGUGUCAAUCAUUCCAGAGUACUUAAUAUGGUGCAGGAAGCUAGAAGAGCAGUUGAAAAAGCCUAUGAUGUAGCCAAGGUAGAUGAAAGAGUGAAUAGAGCAGUAUCAGCAGCUAAUAGAGCAGCCAAUGCAGCUAGAGUGGCUGCUAUCAAGGCUGAAAAAAAUGAAAUGCAUCAUAUUAACAACGAGAGCAUCUCAAUUCCCAUUUUGUGA